AUGGCUUCUACCUCUUUCAAAGCUCCUCUCCCAACUACACCUUUCGAUGACAAGACUGAAGACGAUCCGUUUAUGCUCUUUCCAGAGUGGCAACAUCCCCCUUCAGCUCUUCGUCACGAUCAUCCCGACUAUAUCAAGCAGCAACAAGAAGCAGACGACGCAGAGUUCAAGAAGCCACUUCAACGUGGUACGCCGAUAGACAAGACGGAGCUGAUCCUCCGCAUCUUGCACCGUGGGCCGUACGCUACCAAGCCGCCCAAGCAACCAAUUUUCGCCACAUCGACAACCGCCAAACGACAGUCAGCUCACUACACCAGCGACUGCGGCUCGCCCAUGAAACUCACAUAA